UCGUUUUGCUUUUUUUAAUACUCGACUUUAACUGUCCUACAGGUAUUGAACUAAUAAUAUGAAUAAUAUCAUCACAUUUCAACCGUGGUGCCAAUAAUGCAUAAGAUUACAUCAAAUGUCAAGCUCUGCUUAUGUAUAAUAGGCAGGAAAUGCCAGCAAAUAAAGAAUGCAAUGACACAUUAUAAACAAUAACUUGUUUAUGUAGGACAGAUUUAGCUCAUGAGCUACUGCUUUGUCUACAAGCACAUCAAACAAUAGCAAACAAAAGCUUGUUUUUAAAUCUGAGGACUGCAAGAGAUAUCUUUACCACCGCAUAACGUGUCCCUGAAAUUAUAUUACACGUCUGUUUGGCUUACCAAAUAAUGUGUCAGCUGAUUUAAAUAUAAUUUGAUUUACACAAAAUAAAAACUUAAUAAAGGCUACAUUAUGAUCCAAAAUGGCUACAGAUCUUAUGAAUUAUUUAAAUUGCUGUUUACAGUUGAAUUCUAUAUUUAAAUAAUUAAGAAAAAAAAUCGUUCCUGCUUUUAUAGACAAAGAUGCUUUAACUCGGCACUAAUUGGUCUUUUUAAUGAAGUGACUUUCUUCUCUUUUCAAGGAUGUCAUCUGUAGCGAAAAAACAAAUGUUCUUGGGAGCUUUAGUGUCAUUCUGCACCCUUUAGUCGAAAGCAACUGUAAACAAACUCUGCCUACAGGCAUUAGUCAGUGUAGUUGUGAAACAGGAAAAGCAAGAGUAGUGAAACUGUGAGGGGAGAAGGCCUCUGGUCAGGAACAAAGGAAACAAAAAGAAGAGUUUCAUACAAAUGGUCGAAUUUCUGCUUCGCAGCUGCUCAUUUUCACCACUAGAGGGUUGAUUUAUGAACAUUUAGUUUCACCUCAGUCUGAGAGUCCACAGCAGAUACUUAUUUUGAGCAAGGAAUCUGCCAUUCAAAAGCAUUCUUCCACUGUAAGAAUCCAAAAUAUAACUUAAUUUAUUUUGCCUAGCUAAAGAAAAGAGACCUGUCUAAAAUUUAAAGAAAAUGUCAAUGUCAUUUUCUCUUUCAAAUAAAACAUAAAUAAAUAAAUGUUACUUGUUGCAUUUAAUGCGUUCAGUUUUUAUAUUCCAGCUCUACACAGACCUAUUGCCCAGUAACAAAAGCCCUGCAUUCACCACGCAACAUGUGUUUUGUUUUUAUUUGGGUUUUUUUUUGACAGUCGUUUCAAACUCUAACAACUUAGUCACGACAGGUUUAUGUGUCAGUGUGUCUAUACAUUUGCAGAGGAGUGGUGGUUUAUUUGAUGUGUUGGCAGACUGCAGACAGUUGUUUCUCCACUUCGAAUUGGGUGUUAUGAGUCAAUCUGACUAUCUUAUAGAAUGUGGUAGUUUUUUUUUUGUUUUCAAGGUGGCGAUUUUACAUAGAAUUCUGACUACUGUACAGCUGAAAAACAAACCACCUUCUGAAUUCAUCUCAGUGUCUGAUAAGGUUAUGAAACUUGCACGCAAAAAGCAAGCUUCGCCAUUUGGGGUAGGGGAAAUUAAUCAAAGUUAAAGCUGUGAACAACUUGAAGCUCAGCAACUUCCAAUUUCUUCCACAUUCUUUAAAAUGUUUAGUAGGGAAAAAGAAUGACUGUGUGCAACAGGAGAUACUGUCUAGGAAUCCCUGUUAACCUCAAAGACAGACAGACGAAAUAUUCAACUUCAAUAUUAGAGAUGCUAAAUAGGUUUAAUCUUAAUUCAGUUCUGUUCUGCUUAGCUAUACAACACAAUGAAUGUAAUUGCUUACUUUCAUUAAAUAAUUAAUGAAUGUCAUCAAUUACUUACUGUCAUUCAGUGUCAUUAUUUCAUGUAAUGACACAAAUCUAAUUUAUACAGAUAAAAAUAGUUAAUGCAAUUAGAUUCAAAUUCGGUUACACACACACACACACAAAAAAAAAAUCAUCAUCAUAAUCAUCAUAAAUUUGUACUAUAUCGUCCACUGUCUGCCAAUAGAACCCAAAAAGUAAAGUGGAAACUAUUCACCACCACCACAAGAGACUGGAGUUACAAGAGACACCCUGAACACGUUUGUCUUGGCUGAUGCCCAUUUCUAGUUUUCCCUGGAGAUCUAGCUCAAAAGACGGUUCAUAAAAAUAAAAGAAAUAUUUGCUGCAGCUUCUUUGCUAAUGGUAGUUGUUCGGAAACAGAAAACAAGAAGACAAUACGUUUGUCAACUUCUAUAGCAAAGCACGUCUAACUAUAGACUUCUUUUUCCUAAACAAAUAAAAAGUACAAAGUGAGUCGUGUUGGUUGUUGCAUUUUUGACCUGAAAAUGGUGGGAAUUAAGAGUUUUGCUGCAUUGAAUAAAAAAAUGAGACAAAAGCUUUCUCUGCAAGUUAUUUGACCUGCCACUCCCUGAUCAGCGCUGACCUAGUUAAAACUGGCCGAUUCUAAUCUGUGGCAGAUAUGUUUGUUGACUCCUCUGGAAUUUCCGGUAACACUUCAGCACUUAUGAUUUUCAGAUAUAGCAUGCACUCUUACAGCUCAAAUAAAUCACAAGAAAAAAAAGCAUAUUUUGACUUGAGAACUGUUCUCUCACGUCAGCAGAUCUUCAAGUUACGGCCUAAUAUAACUAUUUGAAUAUUAAUAACAUAUAAUACAUAUAAGACAUUUAGAACUUACAGGACAAAGACACUACCUGCCUACAAGUACAUACAUAAUCACAAGAAUGUUGCUAAGAACUGUAAAUUUUGUUUGUGAUUUAUUACCAUACUUCAUUCAAGUCUUUUGCAGCCAUUUAAGUGAAAGAAAAAAAUCCCCUGACGUUUCUUUACGUUUAAUUGCUAUUGAUCAAAUGGUGACUCAGAUUUUUAGAGUUACAGGUAAAGCUUAGAAAUGGGACUAAGUGCCCAUAAUGCAUACUUAACCCAAACUAAAGGACGAGCAGCUAAAAGUUGUCAGAGCAUGACUACUAACAAUGUUGUGUUUCAAAAACCAAAACAAAGCAUUUAAUAUUCUGAGGGAACAAUAAUUCUAGCUAAUUUUAAUUUCAGCAGUUUACAAUUUUCUCAGUUAAUGACCAUUAAAAGUACAAAGUCCUGCAAGUUCACUGACAGAGGUUUUAUCAUCAAUCUGAUAGAAAUUAAUUGCAAAAAGACCACGAGAUGAGGGCAUGCUGUUGUUGUUGUGUUUGAGGACCCAAAAAAGGGGUAGUUUUAGAAUUAGAUUCAGGCGUUAAAUAAUUAAAAUGAAUGUAAUGGUUAUAUGUUUUCCAUUAUGAUGCAGCCUUUACAUUUUCUGCAAGGAGAAUUUUCAUUUUGUCAUUUCAGUUUUUAGGACAUUUAUAUUCUCUAUCAAAACGUAGAAACAAAUUACUCUAAAAUACAUUUUAAAAGAUAUUUUUCAAGCAAAAAGGCAAUGGCUGCAAAUAAAAACAGCAUUUUUCUUUGCAUUAUACAAGUUUACAUUUUUACACAUUCAAAAGCAAGCCGUUUGAUGCACAAAAUAAAGAAACAUGCCACCUUAGUGUGAACAAAUUCUCAUCCUUUGUGCAUCAUUACCAUUUUUUGCGAGAACAAACGCAGCUAAUAGUAAACAACAGAUUGUAACUAGGAUACUAUUGUCAACACUCUUUGUGUCCUUAAACAUCUGUCAGCAAGCUGUGAACCAUUGAGUGACAAAGAGCAGCUUCCUGUCUCACGGGCAGACAUGAAAACAGAGGCCUUUACAAUAAGCCUCGACGUGCUGUGCAUUAAAAACCGCAAAACACAGGAAGUUGUCGUACUUCUGGCACAGAGAAGUGGCAGUUUGAGGAAAACGUAUGAUUUACAAAAUAAUAACUUUCAAUAAGAUUGUCAUUUUUUGCAAAUCCACAAAAUGAGCCUGCAUUGAUAAAACUCCCUCAUGCAUGUUCCGCUGCAGAUGUCCACACAAAAAUGUUUUGUACUAGAGUUUUGUGCUAAACCAGCUGCAGGUUUGAGUCUUGUCUUCUUCACGCAGCAGUGAAAUAAAGAAGGAAACUCCUUAGGAGAACCUUCAGUAAGAAUUUUAAAAGCAACAGGAAAUUGCAGUCUUAACUAUAAUUUACGGAAACAUCAAGAUAACAGCAAUAUCACUUGUGUAUAUCAGAAUUCUUUGAUGUACUGGUGUAUAAACAAAGCAGCGCUCUGUCUUGUUUGCUAAACACAACUAUAAAGGUUGUGUUAUAAAUUAUCCAGUCAUAUGCUCUUGAAAAUUGCAUUUAUUGAUUUAAAUUUUGCUGGCAAAGCAAAGAGAAAGUCAUUUUUCCCCCCUAAAUAUUAAUAAUUUCUGUCAUAAGUAGAGCUUUGAAUUUUAGGAGGUGGAGACCAGACUUCUAUGGACACUUCUCAGACUGCAGGAAGAUUUCAAUAACUGAUAAAAAUUGAAUACUUUAGUAUUAUUUUUUCAUAUGUGUAGAUAUUUAGGUUGAGGUUAAGCAUGCAUUUAUUUGGUUUAUGAGUUGGAAACACAAGAAGAAACUACAAGUUUAAUAAAUUAGUUAGUGUUGUCAUAACUUUAUGGUUACCUAACUAUUUUAGUUGCCAUACAGCUGUAAUUCAGAGAAACCAUUCAGGUUUUUCGGUAACUCGUCAUGUUGUUUUGGUUCUGUUUGCUACCAGUGUCAACAUCUUUUAUUUAUCCUUUAAUUUUGUCUAUUUAUUGGUAUUUUUCUAAAAACAAGGCUAUGGCAUGCUUGUGUACAUCAGCAGCGAGCAGAGCCAAGAUAAAGGGGGGUGGGCUGUUUUGCAAACAUACCAAAGGACUGAGGCAUUUAGCCUCAGAGUCUCCUUAGGUCACAGAUCGACCUCAGAGAAUCCUGCUGCUCUGAUCAUCUCUGGCCACCAUGAUCUCCUACCUUCUCUUACCUGCCGUCAUUCUCCGUGUUGCCGUGUCACAACAAGUUACCAUUACCGAUGAGCUGAAUAACCAAACGUUCAGUGUUUUCACACAUGGAAACAGUACGACAAACCCAAACAAUAAGUCAACGGGUUUGUACAAAGACGAGCUGAAAGACAUUGAGGAUGAACUGGAAAAGAACAACCCAUCUUUAAUUAUCACAGAGGAUAAUGAACAUUUCCAGGACCAAAAUAAUGAAAUUCCGUACAAACAAUGCCACCGGGGUGAGCUGAUACAGUUCAGCCACCAGUACUGUGGUGAACAUUUUCAUGCAGAAAUGCAUGAUAUCCACAAAGAUGACUGGUGUGUCCUGAAACACAUUAUCAGAAUCUACAACAAUUUGACGCUAUGUGUGGAGCUUGUGACUGAGUUAACUGGCUGCUAUUUUCCAAAUCCUGAUGUCCAAGACUUCUUCCUCUACAUCCACUCCACCUACUUCCAGAACUGCAUGAAGAAAGAAGAGCUGCUUAAAGAUGCCCCUACCAGCCUGGUGGUGGCACUCACCAUUGUCGAAGUGAGCUUUAUCCCUGUCCUGGUUUGUCUGGUACUUUGGAAAAGUUAGGAACUGACUGGCCCAUUUUUUUUUUUUUAAAUACUUAGCUUUGAACAUUUUGGCCACCAAUGCUUUAAGCAGAAGAUUCUUUGAUUCAUACAUGGAUUCAUUUCUGCAAAAAAGUGAGCUGUGUAAAAUGUCUUACCGGAGCAGAUGGAUGAAAAGAAAAAAAAAUACUUUAUUAGUUCUCCUGAAUUUAUCUAAAACAGGAUUUUUUUCUGCUUUUUAAAAAAAAAUAUUAAGCAACAUCUCAGAAUCUGUUUUGCUUUUCAGGCACAACAAUUAACACGGCACAUAACUAUUAUUUUUAAAACAGUCUUAUUGAAGUAUCAAGACCACACACUAAGCAAUAAAAUCAACAUUAAAAAACUAAUUCUCGUAAACAAACAAAUACGUUCUGAAAAUAAUGAUGAAAAAUUUUACAUUUUUGAUUUAUAAAAAAAAGUAAACCUUUGUCAAACUUUACUAAAAGAAGACUGAUAUUUUUUAUAUGUACCACUAGAGGGAGCUCACUUACUCAUUUGAGUCCAUGCGACACAGUUUUAAAAGCUACACAUACAAGUCCAUUUAAGUAUUAUUGACAUGUCUGAAUUUAUGUUGACAAAAACAAUUCAAACUCUUUAAACUCAUUAAACAUUUACAUGUUUAAUGACUUGUCCUCUUGAAAAUGUGAAAGAUUUCUGUAUCAACUUUAUUACUUUAUAAAGCUAAUAGAAGAGUGCCUCAAAAGCUGCAAUUGUAGCGAAGGAUGUUUCUACAAAGUUUUGACUUGGAAGUCCAAAUAUAAAUGCAUGCCACACUCUUUUUUUUUUAGAUAUUGUCAUAAUUAACUGGAAAGUCUUGUAAUUUAGAUUGUUUUGUUCCCUGAAAUAAGUUCAGUCUAUUGCAACUAUGAUAACUCCAUGUGGACAACUUAAUGUUUUACACAUGUAUUUUUUACUUACCUAAAAGCUCUGAUUAAAGUCUAAGCAUUUUGUGCUGCAUAGGCUAAUCCUUUUAGUUAAAAUGAAAAACUUAGAAGCAAAAAGAGACAAACAGUUUCUACCCUUUGUGGUAAACAAAUUAGCAUGGCAGAAUAGUAUUGAUCAAUUUACUCUCUGAAACACUACAGUCACACACUGACGACCUCAGCCUUGCUAAACAACAUUGUAAGUAAAUCUUGCAUCAAAUCUUUGAAAAUCAAAUGUAAAAAGGCAAAUUCUAUGUAAAAUAUUGCUGUUUUCUUUUUGAAAAUAAAACAUACAAAAUUA